GAGUUCAGAGGAGAGAGCUGUUCCGCACUCAGCCACUGUGUAAUUUUAUCCACGCCGCAGUCUCUCACUUCACACAGAGCUGAUACCUUUUGCCUCCCCCUUUCCUUUGUAUCAAUUGGUCGGAGUUCAGCCUAUUGUCGCCACAAGCUUCUUUUAUAUGUGCGCUCAGUCUGAGCACAGGCUCUCAGUCAGAUCCGCAGGAGGGAUUUCAGCUGUUGCAGCAGAGGCAAGGAGCGGAUCCCAACUCGGGGGCGGCUGUGCUGUCAGCGGUGCUGGGCUUGGAUGUGCGCAAGGCUGGCCCUCUCAAGCGUUGGGGACCCAACACUUUAAUGGGACCUCGAGAGUAGGGCAGGAGUUCUCCAUUUUUUCGCCACAAUCGUCGCUGGACGGCCAUGCCACAAUGCUGAUGAUACCUGUGCUGGUGUUGCUGAGCCUGUUGGAUCCCGUUAGACCCCAGGCCCACUGCGUCCUGGGACAGGCUUGCGACCCCCGGCAGCGGAGGGACGCCGGGGGACGCGGAGGAGUGUAUGAACACCUCGGAGGAGCGCCGAGACGCAGGAAACUCUACUGCGCUACUAAAUAUCAUUUACAAAUCCAUCCAAACGGAAAAAUAGAUGGAUCACUGGAAGAAAACAACCCGUUAAGCAUCAUGGAGAUCACAGCAGUGGAUGUGGGUGUUGUGGCCGUAAAAGGGCUUUUCUCUGGCAGAUACCUGGCCAUGAAUGAUAAAGGGCGGCUGUAUGCCUCGGAAGUGUUCAACAAAGAGUGUGAGUUUCUGGAGCGGAUCCAUGAGUUGGGGUACAACACGUACGCGUCUCGCCACCACUCCACUGAGCAGCCGCUGCCACCAGGGGGUGUCAGCAGUAGCAAGCGGCGCGCUAGCGCCAAGCGCCAGUGGUACGUUUCCAUUAACGGCAAAGGGCGGCCACGUCGAGGCUUCAAGACCCGAAGCACGGACAAAGCCUCGCUUUUCCUGCCUCGGGUGUUGGGAAACAAGGACCAUGAGAUGGUGAGGCGGCUGAGAGACAGUCAGAGCCCACAGCACCACACGCAUCACAAUGGCAGUAGAGGAGACCGCCGCAGACGCCAGCAUCGUGCCAGGAAAGGCCGGGGCAGACGGCCACAUGCCUGAGCAGCUGACCUCUAGUGCCCUCUGAGUCAUUCAAACAUGGACCCCUGAUCUGAGGCCAACUGUAGCCUAAUGAUAGUAGAUGAUGUGGAAACACGGUCUGGCACCUGCUCUUUGGAUUAGCACAUGGUUUUGUUGUUGAUGCACAGAAAACUAUAGAAGAAGGAAAGACAGAGUGUUGGGGAACAUUUAUCAAAUCUUUCACUUUUAGGAGACUUUGACACAGACACACACACACACACGUACACACACACACACACACACACACACACACACAUCUGUAUAAUCUUCAAAAUGCUACUGUCCUGUAAACAAAUGUAUUAAGAUACGUACAUCUUACUUUGAAAAAAGUUAUACUUUUGAAUGAAAAGUAAUUUACUAUCAGCUUCACACAACGCAAAAGCCUUUUUAAAGUGGUUCUAUUAUUGUAAAUACAGUAUGCACUAUGCAUGGACAGUGACUCUAUAGCUUUUCUGUUGUCAAAAGCUUAUAUGACAAACAGUUUACUACACAAUAUCUAGCUAAUUGGAAGUGCUAACAAAUAUGACAGAUAUUGAAGAAAAGAUUUUAAUCAGCAAAGCACUUUUUGUCAGAUUCACAUUCAGAGGAAAGAGAAACUCAGUCUGAGACGGGGUCUGCUGUAUUUUUGUUACAAUGUGAUAGUCUACUGUCUUUAAACUGAAAGAUAUUCUUUGUAUAUAUUUUUUUACUAUUGAUAUGAAUAUUUAUUUGGUGCCUGUAUUGUAAGUUAUUGAUAAUAAUAUUUCACCAAUGUUGCUGUUUGUUUCAUAGUUUUCACUCACCACCUGCUUUGAACAUAAAACACAAUGGUACU